UAAAUAUUUCAACUUCCGGUCGUUAGACCCACGCUAUCAAAUAUUUAGCUGAUCAUAAGAAGAUAUACUUUAUAUAUUUACCUCGUUUUAUGGCAAAAAUUACAGCUUAAGGAUUAACAAUGGAUGCAAUAGAAACUAUGUACCAAAACUUUGGCGUUUUAGCGGACGCUAAAGAAAAAGCAGGAGAGCAUGAAGAAGAAUUUCUGUCAAUUCUGAAUGCUGUAAAGGGAUCACCAGGAGAGAAAAGAUUAGCUUCACAAUUCAUCACACGCUUCUUUAAGUAUUUCCCAAGUCAUGCGGGCACUGCCAUCAACGCUAUGUUUGACUUGUGUGAGGAUGAUGAUCCCAUGACUCGCAAACAAGCCAUUAAAGAUUUACCUACGUUAUGUAAGUCAGCCCCGGAACAGGUCUCAAAGAUUGCGUCUGCUCUGACACAGUUGAUGGGAACAGAUGAUGCCACUGAAAACCAUCUCAUACAAAGCUCCUUUCUCACACUUUUCAAAUUUGAUUCCAAAGGUUCGUUAGAUGGAAUAUUCAGUCAAAUUUUGGGUGAGGAUGAAACAGUGAGAGAGAAAGCAAUCAAGUUUUUGGGAGCAAAAAUCAAGACUUUACCAGAAGACACAUUAGACAGUCACUCUGAGGAACUGCUCAUCAACAUGUGCAAAAAAGUGUUAGAGGAUGUCACCAAAGAUGAGUUUAUUGCCAUCAUGGAAAUCCUCAAAUGUCAGAAAUCCAUGACAACAGUCCAAGGGAGACAACAGUUGGUGGACAUUGUCACAGAACAGGCAGAACUAGAUGAACCCUUUGUAGCAUCAGAUCCAGACUGUGUAGACAGACUCACUCAGUGCAUCAAACAUGCAGCUCCUCUGUUCUCUAAAAACGUCCACUCUAAAGCCUUCGUGGGCUAUCUUUGUGAUAAUGUCUUGCCACAUAUUGAUCAGCUGGCCAGUCCUGAAGAUGGAGUUAAUGGUAAACUGGAGUUGCUGAAACUGAUGGCAGAAAUCUCAGAAUUCACCGGGGAAUUGGAAGACUUAGAACAGCGUCUUAAGAACUUGUAUGAUUGUCUGAUUUCUUACAUGCCCCUUCCCCCAGAGGAGGAGAAUGAAGAUGAGUCAGCGAGUGGGGAGCCCAAGCUAGCAUUCUCCUCUGUGGAAUGCCUCAUGUACGCCUUCCAUCAGCUCUGUCGCAAACAACCCAGCUUUCUGGCUGCCGAGGAAAACGCAGAAAGGUUAAAAGACUUUAAGAUAAGAUUACAGUAUUUUGCACGAGGGGUGCAGGUUUAUAUAAAGCAUCUUAGAAUGGCCCUUCAGGGUAAAACAGGAACUGAAUUAAAAGAAGAAGAGAACAAGAUGAAGGUGGCAGCUCUAAAGAUUACAUCCAACAUCAACACAAUGAUUAAAGAUUUGUUCCAUAGUCCUCCAUCUUUUAAGUCUGUUAUCACAUUGUCAUGGAAACCUUUGGUGAAACCUGUUGAAAAAGUAACGCCAACAAAAACAGUAGCUGGACAAAAGAGAACCCCUAUCACAUUUGAGACCAAUGGGGCUGGUGGCAAAAAGCCACACAAACAAGACAGAUCCAUCUAUCAUCCUCCAAGUGGGAAGUUCAGUGAAAAAGCAGGCACCUUUGAGUCAAACGAGACCAGAUCCCAAGGCCAGAGAGGAAGAGGAGGAGGAGGAGGCUACAGAAGAGGAGGAUGGAGGGGAAGAGGGCGUGGUCAGCGAUGGUGAUUGAGGACCAGUGAAGAGGACCGAUAGAUGAUCAGAAACUUUGCAUUCAUUUCACUCUGUAUCAGACUCUUUGGACAUUUCUACAGCGGUAGCACAUUGUACUACCCAGCUUUAAUUUUUUAAUAACCAGAAACUGAUGCAGAGUAAAUGAAUACUUAAUUUCUUUUCUUCUUGACAACGAACCGAAUGGAGUCCACUACCUAUGUUAAACUACAAAGGCCGUAAGUUGUGUAUCGCAAGCAAACCAUUUUCUUUCUACAGAUAAAUACAUUAAUAUAUAAUUCUUUUGAAAGUUAAGAUACACAACCUGCGGCCUUUUUGGUCAGUUAGUGUUUCAGGUCAACGUUGGAUCAGAUACAAUUUAUUAUUACUAGUAUCCAUCUUAUUUGAUCCUUCUGAAGGAGUUUGAUAAGAAAUGUCUUGUACAUUUGUGGAAAUACAAGGAAGCUUUGUAUCCGAGACCAAUGGUCACGUAAAUAAGAAAGGAGAUAUUAUGAACGUAUGUUUGACUCUUGUUUACAUUGUGGGUUACUAUUAUUUCUUGGAAACACGAAAUUUUUGAUGAUAUAGAUAAAAUACAAGGAUAUAGAUUUAUUAAACCCAAUUUGAUUUUUGAAACAACAAGAAUCGUGUGUGAUUUGUGAAUAGAAGGGACUAAUUUAUGUUAUUCUGAUGGCUAUGUUAAAAUUAAGCUCUUUCAAUAAAGUUGCUAGUUUAAUGCUGAUUUCACAUUUUUCAAAUACUUAAAACUGCAUUAAAUUGUUUGCAUUUAAUAGCUUUUUAAAACAGAUUUAAUUAAAAGUAUUUAUGGAUGACAAAAAUCAUCAUUUUGUAUUCAAUAUCGUUUUGUGUUUUAUUACCCAUUAUUAGACAUGCCUUUAGAUGGCAUGUAUGAUGUUUAUUGUGGGGAAAAGUUCAUGAACGUGCACCUUGUAUAAAAGAGGAAAUAAAUUUUAGAAAGUAU